AACCUUUCGCGAUGAACUUCUUGGGGAUUCACACUGUACGUCUGAGAUUUACGAUAAAAUUUGUUGUUGCUUCACUUCCACAACCAAUUCAAAAUCGAAUUCUGUGAUAAACUCUAUUAGUGAUAAUAAACAUGAGAUAUUUUCUCAUUAGUCUUUUUUAUAUUUUAUCCGUGGUAAAUGCAGGUUCCUGGCCAUCUAUAUGCCCAGAAAUCAUAUCAAGGGCAAGAUGGGGUGCCCGAAUGGCAACAGAAGUUGAGUAUGCCCUUGUGCCAAUACAAUACGUAAUAGUACAUCAUACUGUCACCAAUAAUUGCGAAACGGAAAAAAGUUGUUCAGAGUUACUUAGAAAUAUUCAGAAUUUUCACUUGGAGGAAAUGGAGUUCCAUGAUAUUGGUUACAAUUUUAUGGUGGGUGGUGAUGGUAAAAUUUACGAAGGUGCUGGAUGGCACAAAGUUGGAGCCCAUACGAGAAAAUACAAUAGAAAAUCAUUAGGAUUAGCUUUCAUAGGAAAUUUCACAGAUGAUGUUCCUUUUGAGAAACAACUAAAAGCUGCCAAAGAUUUCUUAGAAUGUGGUGUGGAGUUGGGAGAACUCGAUGAAAAUUACAAGCUUCUCGGGGCUAGGCAAGUAAGUGAAACAGCAAGCCCUGGACUCAGAUUGUAUCGCAAAUUGAAAGAGUGGACCCAUUGGACUGCUACACCUUAGCUUUAAGUCAUCAUUUUUUGUACAUUUUAUAGCUGAAUGAAUUAAAAUAAGGAGAAUAUGA